AUGGAACUGGCCUGCGUUUCAGCUCUACUUCUGAAGUCUCCAAAAUCACCAAGGAAACCACGAGGGUCGCCUAGUAAGGGGAAGAAAAAGGAUCCAUGGGCGACGGACUCUGAUGGACCAAGUGGUAGUGAUUCAGAUCUCAAUUUUAAUGACGGAGAAGGAAGUUUUAUAGCCCAGAAUACGAAAGAACGAGGUCCGAGACGUGCUGCUGCUAAGAAAAUUGACUAUUCAUUUAAUGAAGAUGACGAGAUUGAAAAUAUGGUGUUAUCAGAUUCUAACGAUGAAUUUGUACCAACGGAAGCUGCUGUUGAAGCUGGUUCCAAUUUCAUCUCUAGAAUGAACGAGUAA